AUGUUUCCGUCACCGAGACCCCUGCCUUCUUACGUCGAGAAUGAUCGUGAGCGAGAUGAAAGGUCGAUCGCCACCGCCGACGAUAUCAUGCUUUUGCGCCCAGACGAACACCGCGAAACUCAAACAUCUCGGAGCUCGAGUUCAGUCAGGGGUAAGGCUGAGCCUGGAAAACAUGGCAGAAAGCUCCCUGAGCCCGCCUUGGUCAAGCGCAGCAGCAACAACUUCUGGAAGUUUUGGGACGCGUACAGGCGUAAACCCUGGAACAUGUUUCUUUUGGUCCUCAUUGGCACUCUCUUCGCUGUUGGCCAUCACCUAUUCUACCUUCAUCUCAACGGCAGAGAAGCUGUCAACCAAUCCUUGAUGCUACGCUAUGGAACCGCCAUCGCAUUCUGUGCUAAAGCCAGUCUCGGCACAGCAGUCACUAUUGCUUUUCACCAAAGAGCGUGGAGAGUGGUCCGUUUUAAAACUGCCCGUGUUGAGACAAUCAAUUCUAUUUUCACUGCCAAUUCGGACAUAUCCUCUCUCUUUAGCUGGAGCUCUAUCCGCAAGAGUAGGGUCGGUACCCUGCUUGCCAUUUACUGCUGGAUCACUCCUCUUGUUGUCAUAUUGACCUCUGAAACUCUCUCAGUUGUCUUUGGGGUAUUCGAAGAAAUAACCCCGUGCCCUUCGGUGCGAACUUUGAAUUUCGGGAACGAGGAGAACAUAUAUUGGCGCAACCCUCUAAAGAUAAACGACCAGUUUGUGACCUCGGUGUCAUUGUGGAAUUCGACUAUUCCCCCGGGUGAGAGCCCUUCAAACUCCAACCCAGAUGGCUUUGACUACUACCAUGGCCCUAGCCGGCAGUAUGACAUGUUCAUCAGGACGAAAUCGACACUUAUGAGCGAAUCCAUAAUCCGCAAGGAAGCAACGGUUGAGAUUUGCGGAGUGGGAUGGAACUGUUCUUAUGUCGUCAACUUUGUUGCUCCUGGCUAUAAAUGUGAGGAGCUAGCCUAUGGAGUAGAUUCGGAGGUUAAGAAGCUCGGGAAUGCUACAACACCAUUCAACACCUCCGUGUUGGCGCCAACGGGAAACCUGACGUACUACGCCGUCAACGACCGAGGCGAGUAUCUUAAUCCCCAAAUGGUGUCUUCUCAUCCUGGAGGGAGGCCGACUCACCGCCCUCCAUAUCCGGACAACUUUGGAGCCUUCAGAACAGAGCCUAUCAUGUGGAUUGGGUACGCAACCGUCGAUGAUCUUUCGGUCCCUCAGCCAUAUGUACCAGGCACAGAGGAAUACAUGAAGGCAUAUACGCCUGUAAUCAUUGGGUGCGAGCACUACGAAGUCAACUAUACCGUCCAGUUUAACUACACACGUGGUGACAAACUUGUUGAAAUUAAGUGGCGGGAAUACCUGAGGAAGGUGGUUGAUACGACAUACAUAUCUGAGAAAGACCCCGACAAGAGACUAAGGGACCGAACACGUGCUAUCCCUGACAACAACUAUAUAUUCCCGAAUGACUUCAAAACGUACCGCCGGACGGCAGCCUACCAUUCAAUCGGCUCUAGGUUGAGGCAGUGCCUCAAUGGAACUAUGGAGGUACCAUAUAACCAAGUAAAGUCGGAUCUUUUAUACACGCGUUUGUUCACGCCGUUGAACUACCUCCCUGUCAAGAAUCUUCAUCUCGGCAUCCAAAAGCUUUAUGAGGACAUGAUCAUCUCUAUUUUCGAGGAGUCUUCUUUCAUGGUUGUCUCGUGGGCCGCUAAUGGCAAGCCAUCUGGUACUGCCAAGGGAGGUCCUUCAACGGCCUAUCCUUGUCGGCGUGAGAGAAUAGCUACUUUCUUUCAAUACAACAUGGCCCAGCUUCUUAGCGUUUAUGCUGCAAGUAUAUUUUUGGCGGGCAUUGGUGUAUUAUUGGGGCUGCAGGCUUAUCUUGAGGAGGGGACUAUGCGUGAUAUGAAGCCAUCAUCUAUCAUGGAAGCUUCAAGGGCAUCGAAUCUCCACGUACUAGGAGCGCACGAAGGAUCUAAUGUCAAAAUUGGGUAUGGGCUUGUGCAUGAAGAGGCUGGUAGGAGUGUAAGAAGCUUUGGGGUCGAAGGGAAUGUGCAGCAGUGA